UCGGUUUUAGAAACAAGCUUGUGUACCCGGAAGUGCCCGGGAGCCUGUUUAUGACUGUCGGGCCCCACCCGCUGCGGAAUCCGUGACCCUGCCGUUUUAGGCGGAGGCCCAGCAGCCUGUUUGGGGUUGAAGAACUGGCCCUGCAGUCAAUGAUUAGAACUAGAAGAGGGGAUGAAGUGCUGCCUUCUCAACCUGCACCUCAACAGGCACAGGACAUGCUGAUGAAUGUGGACAAUGAAGCAUCGAUCAACCAAACUGCUCUGGAGCUGGGCACAAGGAGCUGUGUGAUGGAAGAGGAGGAGGAGGAAGAGUCAGAUUCCUAAAGGAGAAGAGCCAGAGUUAGUUCUAUAACUUAAAUUUCAAGUGGCAAAAAAAAUUUUUUUCCGAA